AAAAAAAAAUAUUCAUUAUUUUGAAACUGCUGAAUUUAAAGAAAAAUUUAAACUCGCAAUUGAAAGUAAUCUUCCAGGGUUUUUUUCCAACAAAAAUGAUUUUAAUUUUAAGCAUACAAUCGAACAACUUUUAGCUCCUUGUAAAAAAACUCGAGGAAAACGAGAUAGAAUUACACGACCUCAAAAUGCAUUUAUCUUGUACCGAAAGGAUAUUCAAAGUGAAAUUAUCAAAGAAAAUCCAAGUGUAAAACUCGAACAAAUUUCCAAAAUUGUUGGAGAAAGAUGGGCAAAUGCUUCAGACGAAACAAAAAAUCGUUACACUAUAUUAGCAGAACUUUGUAAUCGCGUCCACCGUGAUAUUUUCCCAGAUUAUAAAUUUAUACCAAAGUCGAAAGAAAGAGGAAAAAAAGCACUUAGGAUUAUGCCUGUCAAAUCUGAAAAAGAAUCAUUAAGGCCAUGGUCACUUUUAUCAUCUAUUGUAGCAUUCAGUGAACCACAUCCUUCUUUGAAUGAAACUAUUCCUCAAGAAAGUUUUGAAUCAGUAAAUAUGCUUCAAGAAACACAAUUUGCAACUGAAUCGCAAUAUUUGAAUUCCCUGAAUGAUUUAUUUCAGGCGAAUGACCAAUUUGAAACAAAUCAAGUUACUUAUUUUGACUAUGAAAUUCAGUCAACUGAAAUUUUACCAUUUAGUUCAAAUGAAAAUAUUAGUAAUGACAUAACUUUACCACAAGAUUUUGGUAGUUAUUCAAUUACAACUUUAAAUUAUAAUCCCUUCCAAUCAAAUGCGGAUCUUGAUUUUGGUGCAUUGGAUCCAGAACAAUUAU